AAAUUUCGCGGCUUCGCGGUUUUGUUUGUUUUCAAUCUAUUGUUAUAUACCACUUUUGAUAAAGGAAAUUGUUUGUCUUUAAUUACCCAAUCAUGACUACCCAGGAUACGAGUCAAAAUAGCAUAUGUGACAAUGAAGAUAUGUUUAAAAUAUUGGUAGCAACUGAUAUACAUUUAGGUUAUGCCGAAGAUAAUCCGGUAAGAGGGCCCGAUACAUUCGAUACUUUUGAAGAAAUACUUCAGCUUGCUGUUAAAAAUGAAGUAGAUUUUAUUUUAUUGGGUGGUGAUUUGUUUCAUCAUGCACAACCAAGUCCUUAUUGCAUUCACAAAUGCUUAGAACUCAUGAAAAAAUAUUGCUUGGGAGAUAGACCUGUUUCAAUAGAAUUUUUAUCAAAUCCCUCACAAAAUUUUAGCCAGAGUGCAAAUGCAACUGUGAAUUACGAAGAUCCAAAUUUGAAUGUUUCUUUUCCAGUAUUUUCUAUACAUGGCAAUCAUGACGAUCCUACAGGCAAGAAGCAUAUAUCAGCCCUAGAUAUAAUAUCAACCUCUGGACUUGUCAAUUAUUUUGGCAGAUGGGAAAAUUUAGAUAAAGUAGACAUAACUCCUAUUUUACUACAGAAAGGGAAAAGUAAAUUAGCUCUGUAUGGACUUUCCCAUAUUAGAGAUGAAAGAUUAGGAAGAUUGUUUUUAGAUGGAAAAGUCAAAAUGUUGUCUCCAAAGGACAAAGAUGAUUGGUUUCAUUUGCUGGUUUGGCAUCAGAACCGAGCCACAAGAGGAGCAAAGAAUUUUAUACCGGAUGACUGCCUUCCAGAUUUUUUAAAUCUAGUAAUUUGGGGACAUGAACACGAUUGUAGAAUAGAGCCAGAGAGGAAGCUUAACGAUGUUUUUAUAUCUCAACCAGGCAGUUCAGUUGCUACUUCUUUAAUUGAAGGCGAAUCAAUUACUAAAAAAGUAGGAAUAUUGAAAAUUUAUGAAACAAACUUUAAAAUGGAACCUGUGGAACUAGAAACAGUGAGGCCUUUUAAAUAUGCAGAAAUUAAUUUAAGUGAUGAAAAUCGAUUGGGUAAUGAUGGAAGCUCAUUUAGUGAACAAGCUAUGCAAAUUGUAUGUGCCAAAAUAGACGAAAUGAUAAAGGAAGCUAAGGACUUAAAACAUGCUAAAAAAGUUAGCGAGAAGCCUUUGAUCAGGUUAAUUGUCAAAUAUAAAAAUGAGAGAGCCGUGUUUAAUUCUAUCAGAUUUGGACAGAUGUAUACAGAAAAAGUAGCAAAUCCUGAUACCAUGGUCAAAUUUCAGGUAAUUAAAGAAUGUUCUACACGAAGGAGACUCAAUCAAGAUUUAGUAGACGAUGAGAUUUUGGAAGGGCCAGUAUUAGUCGAGCGAGUUGAAGAUCUAGUUUCUCAGUAUUUUUCGGAACAUAAACAUCUACAACUAUUUCCAUUAAAUACAAUAAAUGAAGCCGUAAAGAGAUUUAUUGACUCAAGUGAUGCUGGCGCAAUAGUCGACAUAAGAGAAAAUAUUAUUAAAGAGAUGCUUAAAAAACUCCAACAGGAUCUUCCUGAAAUUGAAGACACUGAGAAUGCCAUUGAAACGAUAAAAAGUAAUAUGGAAGAAAACUCUCUUACUUUUGUAAAUAAAGUUUUGGAAGACCCAAAAAGACAGAAGAAGAAGGUUAGUGAGGAUAAUGAUGAUGAUGUCUAUAUGGUAGAUGAUAACAGUGAUGACGAAAUCGUCAAAAAUAAAAAAUCUCCUGCAAAACCAAAAGGUGCUACUAGAGGGCGAAAAGGUAGAGGAGCAGGAUCAUCUCGACAAGAUGAUGAUGACGUCCAGGUAAUUGAAGACGACAGUGAUGAUGACAAUGGUAAAAGUGCAUUCGGUUUAUUUGGAAACAAAAAAGCCACUCCACGAGGUAGAGGAACUACGUCCAGAGCAAGAGGGGGACGUGCAAGAGCUAAGAAAAACUAAUAAGUUUAUAACUAUAAGAAUCAUUGUUUCUGUUACGUUUCUCUUAAUAUUUUGUUAAAACAGUGAACCAUUUAAUAGAAAAGUAUUCUUUGUAUAAAUAAAUAUUUUAUCAAAGCAA